AUGGGUAAAGAGAAGACCCACAUCAACAUCGUGGUCAUCGGCCACGUGGACUCGGGCAAGUCCACCACGACCGGCCACCUCAUCUACAAAUGCGGGGGCAUCGACAAGAGGACCAUCGAGAAGUUUGAAAAGGAGGCGGCCGAGAUGGGGAAGGGCUCCUUCAAGUACGCCUGGGUGCUGGACAAGCUGAAAGCCGAGCGGGAGCGCGGCAUCACCAUCGACAUCUCCCUCUGGAAAUUCGAGACCACCAAGUACUAUAUCACCAUCAUCGACGCCCCGGGCCACCGCGACUUCAUCAAGAACAUGAUCACAGGCACAUCCCAGGCGGACUGCGCCGUGCUGAUCGUAGCGGCAGGAGUGGGCGAGUUUGAGGCGGGCAUCUCCAAGAACGGGCAGACCCGGGAGCACGCGCUGCUGGCCUACACGCUGGGCGUGAAACAGCUUAUCGUGGGGGUCAACAAGAUGGACUCCACGGAGCCCGCCUACAGUGAGAAGCGCUACGACGAGAUCGUCAAGGAGGUCAGCGCCUAUAUCAAGAAGAUCGGCUACAACCCAGCCACCGUGCCCUUUGUGCCCAUCUCGGGCUGGCACGGCGACAACAUGCUGGAACCCUCGCCCAACAUGCCGUGGUUCAAGGGCUGGAAAGUGGAGCGGAAAGAAGGGAACGCCAGUGGCGUGUCCCUGCUGGAGGCCCUGGACACCAUCCUGCCCCCGACACGCCCCACAGACAAGCCCCUGCGCCUGCCGCUGCAGGAUGUGUACAAGAUCGGCGGCAUUGGCACCGUGCCCGUGGGCCGAGUGGAGACGGGCAUCCUCCGGCCGGGCAUGGUGGUGACCUUUGCGCCUGUGAACAUCACCACGGAGGUGAAGUCGGUGGAGAUGCACCACGAGGCGCUGAGCGAGGCCCUGCCCGGGGACAACGUAGGCUUUAACGUGAAGAACGUGUCGGUCAAGGACAUCCGCAGGGGCAAUGUGUGCGGGGACAGCAAGUCCGACCCGCCCCAGGAGGCCGCCCAGUUCACGUCCCAGGUCAUCAUUCUGAACCACCCUGGGCAGAUCAGCGCCGGCUACUCGCCGGUCAUCGACUGCCACACGGCGCACAUCGCCUGCAAGUUCGCCGAGCUGCGCGAGAAGAUCGACCGGCGCUCCGGGAAGAAGCUGGAGGACGGCCCCAAGUCCCUGAAGUCCGGCGACGCGGCCAUCGUGGACAUGGUCCCGGGGAAGCCCAUGUGUGUGGAGAGCUUCUCCCAGUACCCACCUCUCGGCCGCUUCGCCGUGCGCGACAUGCGGCAGACGGUGGCCGUGGGCGUCAUCAAGAAUGUGGAGAAGAAGAGUGGCGGCGCCGGUAAGGUCACCAAAUCGGCGCAGAAGGCGCAGAAGGCGGGCAAGUGA